AAGCCAUAUCCCAGCGGCGGACAGAGAGAGGGAGAGAGGGAGGAUCCAGACCACCACCACCGGCUGACGCGGUGGCCGGCCGGCGAGAGCGCCACGUCGUUCCAGUCCAGACAGUCGAUCAAGCAGCCGAUUAUAUUAGCUAGCACGCCGCAGUAGACUUUCCUGCUCCUAUUCUCUCCACACAGAAAUAAUCCGUAUAAAAAAACUUCCACAUCCAGAUUAGCGAAGACACUCCGCAGGCUCCGUGCAGUGCGUGCUUGUUCUCUGAAGCAGCUUCUCCGAAGCACAUGGACGCAUGUAGCUGAUCUUCUUCAUCCGCAGCUGACCUCGAUCUCCACACGCGGCGGCAGGCGACAGAGGUGGUGGUUGCGGGCAUGGCGUCAAUGGGUACCUAGUUUCUGGCCGGGUGAUGUGAUAGCAAUGAUCUAGACAGCCAGGAACAAGCCCGGCCGCUCGUCCCGGUCCACGCGCAGAUCGCACGAGAGCGGCAUUGGCCGUCGUCGCUGGCAGGGCUCGGCAUCGAUUCGGUUCCUCUCGUCGCCUUGCCGGUGGUUUAGCGCGCGACGAGACCCCGAGAGCGAGAGACCAUCAUGGCGCUGGCGAGCACGGAGAAGGUGGUGCUGGGGUGCAUCGCUUUCGGCAUCUUCUGGGUGCUGGCCGUGUUCCCCUCGGUGCCCUUCAUGCCCGUGGGCCGCACCGCGGGCUCCCUCCUGGGCGCCAUGCUCAUGGUGCUCUUCCGCGUCAUGACCCCCGAGCAGGCCUACGCCGCCAUCGACCUCCCCAUCCUCGGCCUGCUCUUCGGCACCAUGGUCGUCAGCAUCUUCCUCGAGCGCGCCGACAUGUUCAAGUACCUCGGCGCCGCGCUCGCCUGGCGGAGCCGGGGGAGCAAGGACCUCCUCUUCCGCGUCUGCCUCGUCUCCGCCGUCGCCAGCGCGCUCUUCACCAACGACACCUGCUGCGUCGUGCUCACUGAGUUCAUCCUCAAGCUCGCGCGCCAGAACAACCUCCCGCCGCAGCCGUUCCUCCUCGCGCUCGCCUCCAGCUCCAACAUCGGCUCCGCCGCCACGCCCAUCGGCAACCCGCAGAACCUCGUCAUCGCCGUCCAGAGCGGCAUCACCUUCGGACAGUUCCUCAUCGGGGUCUUCCCGGCCAUGAUCGUCGGCGUCAUCACCAACACCUGCAUCCUGCUCUGCUACUUCUGGAAGUACCUCUCCGUGCCGGAGAAGGACCAGGAGGGGGGCGGCGGCGCCGCCGCGGGGCCCGAGGUCGUCGCCGACGACGAGGUCACCUCGCACCGCUUCACGCCGGCGAGGAUGUCGCACGCAUCCUCCGUCAACGGCGUCGACGCAGACUGCAUCAGCGAGCCCAUCCGCCGGAGCGACAGCCUCAACAGGGCCGACACGCACAGCAUGAGGAGCCGGAGCUACAACUCCGAGGGCGACAUCCAGGUCGCCAUCAGGUCCAUGCGCGCCUCCACCAUGUCGCAGGAGAUGGUCGAGGUGUCCACCAUCUGCGACAGGCGCGACGACGCCGUGGGACCAAGGAAGAUCACCAGGACAACCAGCCACCAACGCAGCGUCAUCAUCGAGGACGCGCCUGAGGCCGAUGCCAAGGACGGCGAGAAGGGCAAGGACGGCGACGAGGUCAAGGAGAAGAGGUGGAAGGUGCUCGUGUGGAAGAGUGCGGUGUACCUCACGACCCUUGGCAUGCUCAUCGCCCUGCUCAUGGGGCUCAACAUGUCCUGGUCCGCCAUCACUGCUGCUCUCGUACUCCUGGCACUUGAUUUCACUGACGCACAGGCUUGCCUGGAGAAGGUGUCAUACUCAUUGCUAAUCUUCUUCUGUGGGAUGUUCAUAACGGUCGAAGGCUUCAACAGGACCGGCAUUCCGAACGCGCUCUGGGAGCUGGUCGAGCCGUAUUCGAGAAUCGACAGCGCCAAAGGCACUGCGCUUCUCGCAAUUGUGAUUCUUGUUCUGUCAAAUGUGGCCUCAAAUGUUCCAACAGUCCUGCUGCUCGGCUCAAGAGUGGCAGCAUCAGCAGCUGCGAUCUCCCCUGCUUCACAGAAGAAAGCCUGGCUCAUUCUAGCCUGGGUCAGCACGGUGGCUGGCAACCUGACUCUCCUGGGCUCAGCCGCGAACCUGAUCGUGUGUGAGCAGGCACGGCGUGCGCAGUUCUAUGGGUACAACCUCACCUUCUGGAGCCACCUCCGCUUCGGCGUGCCAUCGACCAUCAUCGUCACCGCGAUUGGUCUCCUCAUCGUCGCCAGUUACUGAAACCAGCACAAGGGUCUAGCACCAGCAGCAGUAGCCAGCAAGAAUGCUGCAGGAAACAAGUGGACUGAGUAACUGAGAGAGUAAGGAAACAGCAGUGCAGAUGGGAAUGUACCUGGGAAAGAGAUGUUGUACUGAUAGGUAUCUGUUGUAACGUUGUAAUUGUUCUAUGUUUGUGUAAUGUUCACGCAAGCGAAGCGCGCGAAGGCGUCGGAUGGCCCAUCUGCUAAGGCAAAUAAUGGGCAAAGGUUUGUAGUAGAUGAAUGCACGACGAAGUGGUCGGCACCCCUGUUCUAAGGCGAAAACGUUCGGUCUAGUUCAGGUAGGAUGGCUGGUAUCGUAAGUUAAGGCUUCUCAGGUUUUGGUGUUGUCAGGAGCCUUUUGUGUACUUGUGUUUGGAACUUCUCCCGGUGAAAAAUAUGACAAACAGUUUGGCUUACAUAAAAAAAAAACACGCCCACCGUGGGGCUCGAACCCACGACCA